AUGCUAAGUUUCACUUCUAACAACACUCAACACAACACGACAUCACCUCUGGCAAACUGGAGCUCGGUGUACUCAGCAGUGCGAUGGAUUCAACUAGUCAUGGCCAUUCUGAGCAUUUUGGGUGCAGGCUCCAUAAUUCUGUACACGUUUUUCCAGAGGUUGAUGCUCAAACCUGAGAUUAAGCCCCUGCUGCUGCUGAGUGUGGCUGACCUGUUGUUGGCAGUGAGCUGGUUGAGUGGAGCCUUCCUCUUCAGCCAGGGCUGCCAGAGCAGUGCCACCUGCUACAACCUCCACACAGUUGAGCAGAUGCUGUACAUGGCCUCUUUCUUCUACACGCUGAACUAUGUGGGCGCUCUCUACUUUGGGCUGAAAGAAAAGUAUUACAGGCGAAUCAAUGGCUUCCCUGAUCAGUGUCCAGCAAACUCAUUCCCACUCGGCACGGCAACUGCCAUCAUGUCAUGCGUAUUUCCCGUCUUGCUGACCACCCCUGUCUUCGUCAUUGGGAACAUGGAGCAAUGUUAUACAAACCACUCCAAGCCAUACAGGUGUCUGCUGAUGCACACCGAGGCUCUGUAUGUGCACCCAGGCCUAGAGGGGGAGGCCACCAUCUGCAAGGUGACCCGAGACUACAGCAUCGGCAUCUUCCUAGCUACCUUCGUCCUCACCCUCAUAGGCAUUGUGGUGCUGAUGGUGAAAGCUCAGUCCCUAUACAAGCGAUUCAUCACCUCUCACGGUGUCUUCCGUGACCAGCAUUGGACCACUCUGGCCCUACUGAAGAGACGCAUGUUCCUCUACCCUACCGCUUUCUUUUGCUGCUGGGGCCCAGCAACGUUCUUGGCCGCCAUGAUACUGAUUAAACCCCAAGCUGUGGAAGGUGGCGUCGGAGUGUUCCUGUACAUCCUGCAGGCCUUGACGUCGGCCUCCCAGGGCCUGCUGAACUGCCUGGUGUACGGCUGGACCCAUCAGCACUUCCGCUCCCUGGGCGCGGCCACCAGGCGCGACGCCGACACCCAGACGCCCCUCCUGCGCUCCCAGAAGAGGAGAGACUACUCCGCCCUCGGCUGCAGCAGCGAGGAGCGCUUCCAGGGCGUCUGAGGUCAUCGCUGCCUGGACGCACGCCACACGAACUGCGGCCAUGAAAAGACAAAGGAAAUCUGACAGAAGGGAGAAAGAGACUGAGUAGAGGAGUAUAACUGACAAUGGGUGGCAGGGAAGCCAACAUGAUGGAUGACAAAAGGGUUAGGUUUCCCAGGCCCAGGGAGAAAGGAUGGGGGAACAUGGUCCAGAAUUGAGUCCUCAUUACAUUGAAUGUUUUGGGUUGGGUGUGUAUGUGUAUGGGGGGGGGGCUGCUUUCAGAUGACUUUGUCCCAGGCCCUGCUGAAGCUGUCAGCGGCACUGGAGUAAGAGAUGCACGGCACGCCAAGCAUAGUCAUGACAAGGAACACAGGAAAUUAGAAAGAAGAGAAAAAGGCUCGCAGCGAUUCAUCCCUCCAGCCAGUGUUCUGUCAUCAGGACAUAACUGAAGUGCUGUUGCAUAACUCCUAUGGAGACGAGAUGUGUGGAGAAUAAAAACUAUGAACGCACAGGCUCUGGGAAGCCAUGUGCUGGGAAGUAAAAGGAGGACGUUUGGUCCUGUUUGUGUGUGUCGGUCUGAGACAUCUAAGGGCAGUCGUGGUGUAAUGGGUAGGGUAGGGAGGUGGACUGAAUGCCAGAGGGUUGCACGUUCGAAUCCCGCCCCUACAUCUACAUCCAUGGUUCAGGUGCCCUUGAGCAUGGUUGCUCCACCUUGUUCCAGCCAGGGACUGUAACCAAUACCCUGUAAUAUCUGUAAGUCGCUUUGGAUAAAAACCUGUAAUGUACUGUAAUCUGUAUUGGCUGGAGCGGUUUACAUUUGGGUGGUGAUACCACAGUGCCUCACUGCUGCACUGAAAGCUGUUUUUUGAUCUACACCUGUGUUUGGGCGGCGAGACAGACAUAAGGAAACUGAAUGUGCCGCGACCUCUCACUCAAGAGGGGAGGACCCUAAAGAGACUUAAGCAAAUAAGUGUGUGUGGCGGUGGUGCACAGGCACACACACACACACACUAACACACACACACACACACACACACACACACACACACACACACACACACACACACACACACACACACACACACACACACACACACACACACACACACACACACACACACACACACACACACACACACACACAGAGUUAGGGGAAUUCUGUAAAUGAACUGAGAUAUUCAAAACAGUAAAAUGCACACCUGAUGUCAAACUGUGUCCUACUUUAGUGUUGGUCUUACAUACAAUGUUUUACAUCGUUCACUUUUGUCCAAGUUCAUUUUUGUUCUC